CCUCCGUUGUAGUGACGGCCGAAACACUUCAAGGGACCGGCGGAUCUGCUCCGGUGUUUUGAACGCAAAAAACUCGGGUUUUUUCCCCCGAACACACAAAGCUGCGGAUUUGGCCUUAGCAACCGAGCGGGAAUGAAAAUGGCGGCGGGUGGCAGGCAGGCGUUUGGGGGGAACCGUGCUGGAACUAGUGCAGAGCAAGACAACCGUUUCAGCAACAAACAGAAGAAACUCCUAAAGCAGUUGAAAUUUGCAGAAUGUCUUGAGAAAAAGGUGGACAUGAACAAAGUGAACCUGGAAGUGAUCAAGCCGUGGAUUACACAGAGAGUGACAGAAAUGCUUGGGUUCGAGGAUGACGUUGUGAUUGAGUUCAUCUUCAACCACCUUGAAGAGAAGAACCCAGACGCAAAGCUGAUGCAGAUUAACUUGACGGGGUUUUUGAAUGGAAAGAAUGCAAGAAUGUUCAUGGGGGAGCUGUGGCCAUUGCUGCUGAGUGCACAAGAAAACAUCGCAGGAAUCCCCUCUGCCUUUCUGGAACAGAAGAAAGAAGAAAUCAAACAGAGACAGAUUGAACAGGAAAAACUGGCUACCAUGAAGAAGCAAGAUGAAGAGAAGGAAAAAAAGGACAAAGAAGACAAAGAAAAUAGAGAAAAGAGGGACCGUUCCAGAAGUCCAAAGAGGCGUAAGUCAAGAUCUCCAUCACCAAGGAGGCGGUCCCCAGCAAGAAAGGAGCGGAAGCAUUCUCUCUCCAAGUCUCCUCGUCGUAGGACCAGAAGCCGGAGCAGAAGUGCUUCUCCAGUGUCUACAGUUAAGAAACCAGAGCAGCUGUCACCUGAACCAGAUCUCUCACUUAAAGAAAGGAAAGAAUCUCCUGCUCCAGAGGCAACUUCAACAAGUGAUAUUCUGAAGGAAAUCAAACCUGCGACACCAGAGGUGAAGGAAGUUUUAUUGGAACAACCUACAAAAAAGGAGAAGGAAAGGAAAGAAAGGAAUCGACACCGGUCACGUUCACGAUCGAAAUCAAAGUCUAGGUCUCGUUCACGCUCACAUUCACGGCCUAGGAGGCGUCCUAGGUCUCGGUCAAGGUCCUAUUCACCUCGAAGACGACCCAGUCCAAGACGGCGGUCUCCUCCUCGAAGGAGGAGUCCACCAAGGCGCCUGCCACCACCUCCACCUCCAUCCAGGCAUAGAAGGAGUAGAUCACCCAUUAGAAGGCGCCGAUCUCCUUCAAUUUCCUCCUCGGGCAGUAGCUCCUCUUCCUCUUCCAGAUCAAGAUCACCUCCAAAGAAGACAAAACGCAUAUCAAUCAGCCCACCCCGAAAACCUCGCCGAUCUUCUCCAUCUCCUGUGACUCCACCCAGGAGACGACAUAGAUCACCUGUGUCUACAACAAGUCCAGUUCAUAAAGGGCCACGAUUGUCAUCUCCUCCACAUAUGAAUCGUUCAAGGAAAGGCUAUACUUCUGUUUCUCCUGCAAGACCAGCACCAAAACGGAAAGGGAGUGUGAAGCAUGAUUCUGUUUCGCCCCCUCCUAAACCAAGAAGAUCAGAACCAUCAGACUCAGAAGAUGAUAAAGGAGGCAAAGUUGCAGGAGUGGAAUCAGUACAGCAGAGACGCCAAUAUCGCAAACAGAACCAACAGACCUCUUCAGAGUCUGGAUCUUCUUCCUCAUCCGAAGAUGAAGCACCAAAAAGGUCAAGUGCAAAAAAUGGUGAAGUUCGACGAAGGCGCCAGCGUUCAUUGUCACGGAGUAUAUCUCCACCUCCUGCAAUGCGAAAACGGCACAAGGACUUUUCACCAAGGAUGCCGCUUGGAAAGAGGUGGCACUUCCCAGUGGCGAAAAGGAGAAGGAGAAGCCCAUCACCACCUCCAAGGCGCCGGCGAACUCCAUCUCCUCCUCCUCGAAGGCGCAGAUCACCGUCUCCGUUGAGACGCAGAUCUCCAUCUCCACCACCACGUAGACGUUCAGCCUCACCUAGGCGCUAUUCGCCUCCAAUUCAGAGGAGAUAUACUCCAUCACCACCACCUAGGAGGAGGGGGUCCCCAUCACCAGCACCAAAGCGCCGUAGUUCCCCAUCUCCCUCUUCCAGGCGUAGGAGAGGAUCGCCGCCUAAUCGUUCCAACCGAGAUGUUCGCUCACCUCCCCAACACAAACGCCACUCGCCAUCCCCACGGCCAAGGAUGAUGCGUGGAUCCAUCAGUCCACCACCAGCCCGAAGAGUGUCAAUAUCUCCGCCACCGCCACAACGACGUCAUAUGUCUCCAUCUCCUAGUAACAGGCCAAUCCGACGAGUUUCACGGACCCCAGAACCCAAGAAACCUAAAAAGAUCUCACCAAGCCCACAAGCUGUGAGAAGAGCUACAUCAUCCAGAUCCAUAUCUAGAUCGCCAGAACCACUUCCCAAGAAAAGGCCAGUUGCUUCAGUCUCCAGGUCACAGUCUGUCAGCAGGUCGCCAACACCUGUUCCUCCACCACCUCAAAACAAAAAGACAAAGAGUGCUUCAAUUAGCCCAUCUCCUGUCAAGAUCUCUGACCAGGAAACUGGAGGAAAGAAGAAGAAAAAGAAGAAAGAUAAGAAACAUAAGAAGGACAAAAAACACAAGAAACACAAGAAACAUAAGAAAGAAAAGGCGGCUGCAGCAGCACCAGUGGUUGAAGAACCACCAGUAGAACCAGUUGAAGCCCCAGCAAAGUCACCCCAGCCAGAAGCUUCAGAACUUGUAAAGGCAAGAGUCAGAAAGUGAAGAGGAAAACCUAGAUGAUCUAGAAAAGCAUCUCCGGGAAAAGGCUCUACGGUCAAUGCGAAAGGCUCAAGCUUCACCACCACCAUGAAGGAGAGUACUGAAUAAAUCUAACUUAAGGAGCUGAUUGGAUUAGGCACAAGGGCUUUGUACAUUUUAAAAUUGGCUGCUAUAAUAAUGCCAGUAUAUUAAGAUGGCUGCCAUGAACACUGACACUGCCUCUUACCUAUACCAGAAACGACUUUUCAUAAAGGCAAAUCAUAAUGUUUUAUUACAAAUUAAAACAAAAUUCCUACACGGCUUUCAUUUUCACAACUACAUUUCAUUUUAAAUGCAAUAAUAUUUGAAAAGCCAUUGUUGUCGAUGGUUUGAUGGUUGGUUUUAAUCGAGGCUGUACUUUGCUUCACCUCAUCCACCACGAUUGAAUGAGAUUCAUCCAUUCAUAGCUGGCCCUGAGAUACAGCUCUGUGGCACAGAUGUUUCAUUCUCUCCAUCAACACAGCCAACUUAGAUCAUGGUUUCUGCCAGCUGGUCAUGGAACAAACUGAUGGAGGUCUUGGGAUAGUCCGUAAUCCAGAAUGUCCCGACUCCUUUCGAAAUUCUGCUUGAGGGUGAGAAGACCUUUGUGGGGAAACAGAUUUAUAUGAAAUAAGUUAAGUGAAUUUGGAGUAAAUCAUUUUUCAAAUGCAGCCAGAAGCUAUAUUAGAUUUGCACUGAAUUGACUGAAUUUAUGCCAUUUGUGAUGAAAUGUGUUGGUACCUUUUUCUUUCUGUUUGCAGUUCUUGUCUUGGCUGUCAUUAUGUAAUGGUAUUUUGUGACAUCGUUUAUGUAACUGUACAAACCCUUUGUGUUUAAUCCACUGAUAUGACCUGUAGUGUAGUUUCUGCAGAGUUUUUUGAGUUUUAUUUGAGCCGUUUGAUUGUCCACAACAUUCUUUAUAAAGAGCUUCAGGUGAAAAUGUGCUGUAUCUAGAACACUGGAAGUCUCUUUUUUAAAAAAAAAAAUGAAACUUGUUAUAGGAAGAGGAUGGUACUACCAGGAUCUGAAGGAUUUUAAGAUUCCCUGGUUGACAGUAGCUUUGGAUUGUAUUUUGCUUUGUGUAACAGGCUGGUUUCACCCAAACUGUUAAUGUCUUCUACUGUUACGGUUGGUUGUUCUGGGAGUAAAAACUUGUUUAGAUGCUGUUCUUUUGUGGGAGCUUAACAAAAUCUGUAAUGAAUAUUUUGAAUUUUGUCAUCUUUUGACUUAAAAGGGUUUUUUUUAUAAACGUUGAAUUAUAAAGCUGUAAAAAGCUGAGGUAAUAAAUGGAAAUUAAAUUUCUAAAUUCAA